AUUGUGUCAAUUCUCACAAUUUCUUUAGCGUUACUUCUCAGUUAGAACCUGAAUUUACAGGAAAAUAAUACUGAAAGUUGCAAAACCUUGGUAAUUUUGUACUUUUUUCUGCUUGGACGACCUCUUUCGAGUUCCUCAAAAUGCAGAGAUAUAGUCUUUCGGGCCUCUUCAAGCCAUAAUUCCUGUUGCCCCAGGCACUGAAAUCCUCCAUGAACUUUUUCACAGAGAUGGAACACCAAGACAUGAUCUCAUGUGAAGAACUGGAGAGUUCAUUAGACAGCCUUGAAGAACCCUCCAAAGUCCUACUGAAUGAAGAAUGCAACAAACACAUGGAAGGAGAGUUCCACACUCAUUUAGAUGAGAGGGUGCGACCCUACAUCGACCUCAUCGAUUCCAUGAGGUUGACUGGUAUUGAGAAGGACCUAGCUCUUCCAUCCAUUGCUGUGAUUGGAGACCAGAGCUCUGGCAAGAGCUCAGUAUUAGAGGCACUCUCAGGAGUGGCACUGCCCAGGGGAAGUGGCAUCGUCACACGGUGCCCCCUGGAGCUGAAGCUGAGGAAGCUGAAGGGUGGUGUGCAGUGGCGAGCAGUCAUUUCCUACAGGGAGGAAAGCGCAGAGUUUUUUGACCCCAUGCAGGUUGAGCAAUAUGUCAAGAAAGCCCAGAAUGAACUGGCAGGAGAAGGUGUGGGAAUCUGUGAGGAGCUCAUCUCUUUAGAGAUAAGCUCUCCAGAUGUGUGCGAUCUGUCACUGAUCGACCUGCCUGGGAUCGCCAGGGUACCUGUGAGAGGUCAGCCAGACAAUAUUGCUGACCAGAUCAGAAGUCUCAUUUUGAAAGUAAUUUCAAAGGGUGAGACCAUUAAUUUGGUCAUUGUUCCAUGUAAUGUUGACAUAGCAACAACAGAAGCUCUGAAAAUGGCCCAAGAGGUGGAUCCAGAAGGAAAAAGAACUCUUGCCAUUCUAACAAAACCAGACCUUGUGGAUAAAGGGACGGAGAAGAGCGUCUUGGAUAUUGUCCACAAUAAAGUCAUCCCCCUCAGCAAAGGAUACCUCAUCGUGAAAUGUCGCGGUCAGCAACAAAUCAACGAUCGCAUCUCUCUGACAGAAGCCUCCAGGAUUGAAAGGGAUUUUUUCAGACGCCAUGAGUACUUCAGCUCUCUUCUGUAUGAGGACAAAGCGACAAUCCAGUGUCUGGCAAACAAACUGACUCAGGAUUUGGUGGAUCACAUCAGGAAAUCCCUGCCACUGCUGUCAGAACAAAUAAAGAAGCAGCUCUGGGACACAAAGAAGGAACUGGGGACAUAUGAUGUGGGUCCCCCCCUUGAUCUUCAGAACCGGAGAACCUACCUCAUUGAAAUAUUGUCACAUUUCAAUGAGAAGAUCAAUCGGCUGUGCUUGGGAGAAGUUGUCAACCAGGAAAACUUGUUUGUCCUCCUUCGGACAGAGUUUAAAAAGUGGAAAGAUCAUCUUGACAACAGCAAAGACACAUUUUACAAAACAGUAAAUGAAGUAGUGAGUGAGUAUGAUCUCAAGCAUAGAGGCAGGGAGCUGCUAGGCUUCAGUGACUACAAUGUCUUUGAGAUGGUGGUCCAGAGGCUGGUCGUGCAACUCAAGAGUUCUGCCAUAGAAACACUACAGAUCAUCAGAGGCAUGGUUCAGAGCCAGUUCUCAGAUAUCGCCAACGUAUGCUUCAAUGGAUAUCCUUUUCUUCUCUGUGUCUCGUCGAACAAGAUUGACAAUAUUGAGUCGAAACAGCAGGCCAAAGUGGAGGAGAGAAUCAUGGAGCAGUUUGAGAUGGAGCAGCUGGUCUACACUCAGGAUGGCAUCUACUUUAAAACCCUGAAUGAGACCACUGGCUUCAGUGGAGCGUCAGAGGACAACUUUGCAGGCUAUGACUGCAGGUCCAAGUACCCACAGAUGCUCCAGGCAUACUAUGAGAUUGUUGUGCAGCGUCUGGCCGACCAGGUGCCCAUGCUGAUCCGCUUCUUCAUGCUGAAGCAGUCGGCCAAGGUUCUGUGCACCGAGAUGCUGAAACUGAUAGAUGGCGGCAACGUGAAUGAGAUCCUGAGAGAGGAGACGGAGAGCAGUCGAAGGAGAGCGGAGAUGCAGAACCGUAUAGAAAGGCUCAGUGCUGCCCAGGACAAGCUCAACAACUUCAUCUGAGAAGGUAGAGAGGGGAGAGGCAUAAAAAGUUUAAAAUGUACUCCUAGAAUAGACUAGAACCUCAAAAUGUACUCAGAAAACACAAAAAUUCUGGCAGCAGAAAUCCUGUGUUAUUUAAUUCUCCACAAAAUGUUUUUUAAUAAUGCAUGUACCGUGUAAAAUCUAAAAUGCCAAUAAAAAUAUAUACGGAAAAUGAAAUUUUGCUUUCUGUUGAUCUCACAGGGACAUGGUAGCUUUCAGAACAACUUUUAAAAACUUAAUACAGGCAGUC